UCAUCCAACCUAAACAACCGGAAGUCAGAAAAAAGCGUGAUGCACGGGGACAGGCGUUAAACAGGAAAAGUAAGUUUGGGAAAGAAGGUGAACAUGCCAAACGCAUAUAUAGGAGGGAUAGCCUGUCGCUUUCCCAAGGCAAGAAAUACAAAGGAGUUCUGGGAUGGGUUGAUAUCUGGGCAGGACAUGACAGACAAGCCCCGUUGGCCAGCGGGGCUGUACAAGCUCCCUCCGCGGUUAGGAUUACUCCAGGACAUCAACAAAUUUGACAACAGCUACUUUGGUAUACCAGAUGAAGAGGUAGAACUAAUGAAUCCCUUGCUAUGGCACCUACUGGAGAUCCUGUAUGAGUGUGUGGUGGAUAGUUGUCUGCCCCUUGCUGCUCUUCAAGACUCCACAGUGGGGUUGUACCUGGGGUGUGGCGACAGUGAUAUGGAGGCCCUACUGAGGACACGCGUGUGUGAAACUGAAAAUUUGACUUGUACCCAGUAUAUUCUGAGCUACUUAGCCAACUGCUUAGGUGUGCAGGGCCCAGCCAUAACCGUGGAUACUGGGGAUAGCUGCAGCCUAGCUGCACUUCAGAUGGCAACUGUGGACCUAGAUGCAGGCAAAUGCCAGUAUGCAAUUGUAGCAGGGUGUAGUUUGAUUUUGAAUCCAAUCAAGAGUCUUCAGAUGGGAGGAUUUUUAAGCAAGGAUGGGAGGAGCCACAUAUUUGACCAAUCAGGAGAAGGCAUUGUCAGGGCUGAAGGGUGUGCAGCAAUUCUGUUGGCCAGGUGUGUGGAUGAACUUCCAAGAAUUUACUGCAACAUUGUAGACAUGGGCAUUGCUUUCAGGAGUCCUUUUAAAGAUAGCCUCAAAGAUAUGUCAACGGUUAAGAUGGCAGAGAUGUUGGAAGACCUGUAUGGGUCCAACAAUAUCACAGCUGAUGAUAUUGCUUAUGUGGAGCUCCAUGGAUACGGAGUGCGGGUAAAGGAUGACUUGGAGAUAAAGGUGAUUGCUGAGGUGUUGGGGGAAAAACGAACAGACAAACCCCUCCCAGUGGGCUGUGUGAAGACAAACAUUGGCUCUGCAGAGGCCGUCUCAGGGUUUGCCAGCAUCAUUAAGUGCAUUCUGGCCAUGCACUACAAAGAAAUCCCUCCUAACCACUUGAAGACAUCCUCAAUACUGACUGAGACCCUGCAGACACUUGGGGAUGAAGUCAUACCUUUGUGUGAACCAAGACCACUCAAGGGUAAAUACAUGGGUGUGUCCUGUGUUGGCCAGGGUGGAGUUUGUGGUCAUGUGAUCUUGGAGCCGUUCUAUCCUGAUGAUGACGACAGCUUCUGUCAAGUUCCAGGAGACAUUGCCAUCCCUUUCACAGCCUGUAAUGUGGAAGGUGUUGAGGCCAUCACAAGCUUUGUGGAGAAUAACCGCUACAAUAUCAACCUGCUGAAAUUGAUGACCUCAUCAUGUUUGUCAUCAGAUCCAAACCAUCCUAUCAGGGGCUUCAUUCAGCUCGGCACGAGAGAGGAAGAUUUCCAUGUUUGGCAGAGAUACGCUAAUGAAAUCCCCACUCCAGUGUAUCUGUGUCUAGAUGACAUCCUGCAAGGCCCGUUCUCGGUUUCCAUUGAUCUGAUGGAAAUCGACACGUUCACUGCUGCCUUUAACCAGUGCUCUAAGAGUUUGAAUUUGAUUGAACCCAGUAUUGAUCUAGAGAAAUUGAUUGUCGAAAGUGAAAUGAUUGAUCCCUUCAGCAGAAUAGGUCUGCUGGUUUCCAGCUUGCUGUACAUGUGCAUGAUUGACUGUCUAGAAGAAGCUGGUACCGAGUUCUCUGGUGUGAUGGGGUGUGGAGUGUCAGAGGUCAUUGCCGCUUACAUUGAUGGAUGCGUUAGCAGGGAUCAGUGUUUCCAAAUUAUGAACACUAUUGGAAAACACUUGGAGGAGUAUCGUCAUGCCAACGAGGAUAGCUGGUGCGUGCUGGAUGUUAGUCUGCCGCUGGAAGAUCUCUACCAGCUUGGACCAAGGGCGCUAUUCUGUGGCUCGUAUGACAUAGAGCAGAGCCGGCUGGCUGUCCAGACACAGUUCCUUGAUAAACUCAUAGAACGUAUUGAUGAUGUUGGUGGGGCAUGUGGAGACAAGAUUGAUGGUGGAGUGCCAGUGUAUACAUCAUGCAUGCAGGGUCUGGUUCGGAGCAUAGAGCGUGAACUGCGAGAUAUUAUACCAUCACCACAAUACAGUUCUAAGCACUUGUUCUCUGGGAGCGUUGACUGGCGGGACCAUGCAUCGGCCAGGCAGUGCCUCGUUGACCCAGCGUACAUCGCAGGACUGAUCACCAAGCCAUGCAUGCGAUACCGAGCAUUGCUGAACAUGAUGGAGAAAGGAGAGGCUCUCACAAUCACCAACAGACAUUACAUGGACGGAGCCGAAUCGGGAAGUUUUCUGGAGAACCCCAGAAAGGGGCUCAGUUACCACGAAACCUCACUUAAGUGUGGACUUGAUGACACUGUCAACACGAGUCUCUAUGACGACAAGAGCCAUGACUGGAGCUUGCGACAGACAGGUGUAGUGCCUGACCUUGUGUGCAAACCAUCAGUGUCUUCCCUGUGUGAUACGUUGGGAAAGCUGCACAUGAUAGGGGAGACAAUCAGUGUAUUACAGCUGUUUCCACAGAGUGAUGGCACCUGUGCCCAGGGGAUUGAGAUGCCAUGUUUGAGCCCCCUGGUGACCUGGGACCAUUCCCAGGACUGGGACCUCCCACACUGGCUACAGUUUUCAUACACAUUAAAGGACGAGUAUGAACCCAACUUGAUACACCGCGGCCCAUACGAAGGGAUAUACAGUAACAUUGCUGUUCUUAUCUACAAUGUCAUCCACGAAAUAGCCAAUGCACACUUUGGAUAUGAGGUAGAUGAAACUCCUGUGAAGAUGUACAACUUAACUACCCUGGAUGAUACAGAGUUGACCUCCAAUCUAAUGGAUUCAGCUGAGGUUCACAUUCUCUCAGGGACCAACCAGUUUGCUGUGAUUGCUAAAAACUCUGUGUUGAUGAGAGGUAACUAUACACUAGAGGAACAUCCCCAUCUUCCAAGCAUACCAGGAUAUGAUCUUGACAUUGGCACCAAUGAUGUUGAUGACAGAUCUGAAUAUGAGCGAGCAGAUAUUAAAUGGGAGGGCAACUGGCUUGGCUUCAUCAAUGAGACCCUUGAGUUUGCCAUCGGUCACCUUGAUGCCAGCGUCCAGGAGGUCAUCUUCGACACUGACCUUCAUGAGAAGGAGGCAAAAGAGUGCCCUAGUUUCCUGGCUGUGGUUGAGAAAUGUACUGGACUGUGCCGUUCCGGAGGACUUGUGUUUAAACUUCAGAAAUAUACCAACCUGUCAACCUCAGACAUCAUCUCUGAUGAUGCUGGCCUGAAUACAAGCCUGGUUGUCAGCGGUAACAUCCGUUGCCUAGCCACAAAGGUCAUUGUAUAUGGUAUCCAUGGUAACACAGAUGAAGGGGAAAAACUGAUGUUGUAUCGGGGAGACAAUGGAGGUGGAGUCUCAGACGAAGAGGGAAUGUUUGGAAUCGUUGACCUUAGUGGUACACUGGAAAGUUGUGACUUGCCUUUGACAUUCAAACCACAACAUGAGGAUCUCGAAAUGCUGUUGCCAUAUCUACUGGCUGCCCAUCUGCUCUACGAUAUCGCCAAGGCAACUGAACACCAAUCGGUAUUGGUACUGCCACCACAUGACACAGUUGCUGUGUAUCUUAUCGGACUAGCCACACAGCUGGGCUGCAGUGUGUACACGUGUACACAAGACAUAGAGAUAAUGCAGAGUAUGCAGUCCAUGUUCCCAGAGAUAUGUGUAGUCCACAGUGAACUGCUGCACAACGAAAUGAUGUCAAGGACACGGGCAGCGGGAGUCGACAUAGUCUUACAAGUUGCCAGGGGAGAACUGAACGGGGCGUUACAGUGUGUCAAAGAGAAUGGUCAGCUCAUCUUGUGUAUGCCCCCACGUGCUGGAGAGAAGGUCAGCUCCUUGUUGCUAGGCAGAAAUGUUACUGUUCGCAUUCCUAAUGUCAUGGAUGCAUUCCGCAUAUUCCUGGAGAAGCCACAACAAGAGCAGCAGGCCUUGCUCUUCAAUAUGAAGAACGGAAUUGUUGCUAAGUUAACCGAGAGUGGAUAUCCAGAGGCUAAGGGCAUUCUUUACAACAUGGAGAAUAUGACCACAUUCAAGCCAGCUUACCCAAUUGCAUCCCUGGUACGUCAUUUGUCUGGACCCAUACAAGAAGGGGCCCUUGAUGGAGUCCCCCUAGGUACCAGGCUGUGUAUUCGGCGACUGCAAGAUAUAGUCAUGCCCGUACCCAAGGACUUUUCAAUGGCCGACACCAGUUGCUCGCUUAAGAACCCCUUAGAUGCUUUGUCUGAUGAACCUGGGUUUGUGUCAGAGCGUGGAGCCUCACAGAGUUCCGAAGUAGAAAUGGCGGAAACCAAAAGAUCACAGGCUGACAAGACCCUAGACAGGGGCAUGAUUGAAACACCCGAAAGAAUGAAAUGUGUUCGCUUUUCACCAGAAGUGAAUAUUAUCUCAUUAACCGGCAUGUACUCAGAAACUAAGAUGUCGCCAGUUGAUGCAAGUAAGAAACUGCUGAUGGUGGCUCACAUGCCUCCCACCUCCACACCACUGCUGACGUCAGACAUGAUGUCGGAUAUGGCAGCAAGUCGCCCCCUGGAGGAAAGCUAUAUGGAACAGCCUGUUGACAGCUUGUUCCACGUUUACAGCGACUGCAAGGCCGAGAAUGUAGAGUCGGGCCUGGACGUUGAUGGAGUUAAGGAGGUUGCUGCAACUAAGAAAAAAACUGUUGCGCAAGGGAAGUCAGUGAAAGUCUUGGAGGCAAAGGAAAAGGACAAAAACACGUCAGGUGUAAGAAUGGAGAGCCCUGAGUCAAUGACGAGCGUUUUGAGUGGUUCGCCCAAACCAAGAAGCUCGAAAACAAUUGGCUCACCAUUUUCUAGAAAGGGUAAACCACCAGUGAUUACACUCACAGAUGAUGGGAAAUUUUCUAGAAGGCUUAGUGGAUUUGGGACGCCCGGCCAUGAGCGCCCUGGGACUCCCAUGGUGAAGCAGCCACUCAUGGGCUUCCACAGGCAUAUGAUGCAGAAGAACCGCAUGGUGCCUGCCAAGCUGCUGCUUCCCAAGCCGCGGUUGGACCUGCUGAUGCGCAACCCUCCCAUGACUCCGCUGUCUGAUGAGCUGAAGGAAGUGCUCACCCCGAAAUUGACCCCGACCUUGAUACCUCUGAAUGACAUUGUGGAUCCUAACCUGACCCCUCUGUUUGUUAUUCAUCCCGUUUCAGUCACAGGCUAUACAGACAUGUACAGCAUACUUGGCAAGGAAAUGAAGGUUCCAUGCUACAGUGUGAAGAAGGCCAAGGACACUCCCAUUGACACCAUUGAUCGGAUGGCGAGUCAAUACAAGGAUGCUAUUGAACAUUUCUAUCCGGAGGGACCCUACAUUCUUGCGGGCUUUUCAAUAUCGGCGCUGAUCGCCAUUGAAAUAGUCAUCAAAUUUCAGGAGUCAGGAAAGAAGGUAGAGAAGCUGAUUCUAUUUGAUGGUUCCCCUCUGUAUGUCCAGAGUCAGAUCUCGCGUGACAUUAAGCAUCUCCCGCCCAACGCCAACAUGUCCGAGGUUCACGAGGCGUUAGUUACUGGCGCCCUGGUGAGCUGGUUGUCCUACUUCCGGCCCAACACUAACCGCCUAUUGAUCUACGGGUUGAUGAGGAAACUCCCGUCCACUGCUGACAAGAUAGAAACAGCCGUGGACAUGUCAUUUGGAUCUGCAAUUGUCAGAAAUUGUUACCAUUUAUUACUAAGCAAUACGAAGGUAAAAACCAGGUGGUUGACUGCAAAGGAGAAGGUUAUGCAUCAAAACAGACUCACCGGGGCAGGUAACCGUUUUGCGGACGCUGCACGCGAAAUCGUUCGUCUCAUGCGGCGCGAAAAAGCCAUCGAAUAUGUCGCCCAGGUUCAGCUGGCUUACAAGUACAAAACCACCCAGAAGUUACACGGAGACAUAUGGCUCUUUCGCGUUAAAAGCGAACCGCUUUCCGGUAACCGAGAAAUUCCGGAGGAUUAUGGCUUGUAUGACGUCACCAGCGGUAAAGUGCAUGUGAAUUUUUACGAUGGUCAAAAUUCGUCCCUCCUGACUGGAGAGUUCAUAAGUCCAUUGGCCGCCGACUUGAAUCAGCUACUCCUUGGAAAGAAUGGAAUGUUGCAAAGUAUCGUUUAACUAGCAAACGUCAAUGAGAAUGUGCGUAAUAAAUGUUCUGCAGUU